CAUUAAUAACUAUUUCUCUCUUCUUCUUCCUCUUUAAACUAGAGCACUCAAGUAACGAGUAAAACGCAGAGGAGAAGAAAAGAGAGAAGGCGCAGAGUAGCAUUGACAUGCGAAAUGUGCCUCUCAGGGUUCUUAUCCUACGCCUGUUUCAAUCUCUUCCCCACCAUGAAAGUUUUCUGAUUGCUGUUUCCUCUGAAAUUCGAAGCUUCGUAGUUUCUUCUGCAUUCUCGCAAUGCAUUGGAUUACGAGAUUCUCCGCCAUCUUCUCCGCCGCAUUAGCCAUGAUUCUCCUUUCUCCUUCACUCCAAUCCUUUUCUCCGGCGGCAGCUAUCCGAUCAUCUCACCCCUACGCCGACGAAUUCAAACCACAACAAAACUCCGAUCACUCCUCCUUCAGAGAAUCUCCAUUGUUCCGUAACGCCGAACAAUGCAGAUCUUCCGGCGAAGAUUCCGGCGUCUGUAACCCUAAUCUCGUCCACGUAGCCAUCACUCUCGACAUCGAUUACCUUCGUGGCUCAAUCGCAGCCGUCAAUUCAAUCCUCCAACACUCAAUGUGUCCUCAAAGCGUCUUCUUCCACUUCCUCGUCUCCUCCGAGAUUCAAAACCUAGAAUCUCUGAUUCGCUCAACUUUCCCCAAAUUGACGAAUCUCAAAAUUUACUAUUUUGCCCCUGAGACCGUACAAUCUUUGAUUUCUUCUUCCGUGAGACAAGCCCUAGAGCAACCGUUGAAUUACGCCAGAAAUUACUUGGCGGAUCUGCUCGAGCCUUGUGUUAAGCGAGUCAUCUACUUGGAUUCGGAUCUCGUCGUCGUUGAUGAUAUCGUCAAGCUUUGGAAAACGGGUUUAGGCCAGAGAACAAUCGGAGCUCCGGAGUAUUGUCACGCGAAUUUCACGAAAUACUUCACCGGAGGUUUUUGGUCAGAUAAGAGGUUUAACGGGACGUUCAAAGGGAGAAACCCUUGUUACUUCAAUACUGGUGUAAUGGUGAUUGAUUUGAAGAAGUGGAGACGAUUUAGGUACACGAAACGAAUUGAGAAAUGGAUGGAGAUUCAGAAGAUGGAGAGGAUUUAUGAGCUGGGUUCUCUUCCUCCGUUUCUUCUGGUAUUUGCUGGUCAUGUAGCUCCGAUUUCGCAUCGGUGGAAUCAACAUGGACUUGGUGGUGAUAAUGUUAGAGGUAGUUGCCGUGAUUUGCAUUCUGGUCCUGUGAGUUUGCUUCAUUGGUCAGGUAGUGGUAAGCCAUGGUUAAGGCUUGAUUCCAAGCUUCCAUGUCCUUUAGACACAUUGUGGGCACCUUAUGAUUUGUAUAAACACUCCCAUUGACACUGGUUUCUCAGUUCGACAUAUUCAUCGCCAUGAGGACUAAACCGAAGAUUAGCGGAGUCAUUGGUCCAGACCGAAUGGUUCAACUAGAAACAAUUCUGAAGAAGAUGAGAAAACCUUGCCGGAAGAGUACUAUAGUAGUGUUGCUUCAGACAUAUUGGAGAGACGGUUUCGAAGAGAGAAAGUGUUGUAUAGGCGGUUGAAUAUGUUCUUGUGGGGAGAAAAAAUAAAAAUAUAGUUAGGUUAAAGAGUUUUUGUUGUUUACUAUUGAUUCUGAAAGUAAUUUUGUGCAAAUUACUAGUCUUACUUUGGUUUUCAAGUUUAAAAAGAUGAUUUGCCUCUCUGUCUCGA